AUGGCCGCCAUUCUUGGGGCCAUCCUACUGUCUUUUCUCAUCCACAAAGCCAGCGCGGCCGAGUGCGUUACCGCGACUGUUGGUUCUCCUUACAGCACUUGUUGGGAUAUCGCCGUAGCUGCCAGUAUCAACACCGAUCAGCUCAUCCAAUUCAACCCUGGUUUGAAUUGUGGCGCUCUUCAACUUGGCCAAAAGUUAUGCAUCACUGCCGGAGACCUUCCGUCCACUGCACCUCAGCCCAAUCCUGAUGGAUCGUGCAAGACUUACACGACGAUUUCUGGUGACUAUUGUGCUCUCAUUGGAACUAAGUUCGGUAUUACGGCUGCUCAGAUUGAGCAGUUCAACGCAAACACGUACAAAUGGAAAGGUUGCGCCAGCCUCCAACUUGAUUUCACUCUUUGUGUCUCUUCUGGAACCCCUCCACCCAUUCCGGUCAACCCCGAUCUUCAAUGCGGCCCCGAGUCUCCUAGUGGUGGUGAAUGCCCUCUGAAGGCAUGCUGCUCUGCAUUCGGUUUCUGUGGCAUGACGGAUGAAUUCUGCAACGCUGCGCCGAACGGAGACCCUUGCAUUUCGAACUGCGGCAAAGCGACGUUGCCCUCAUGCGGCGGUAGUCAACUCACUCGCAAGGUCGGCUACUAUGCAGGCUGGGCGGGUGCUCGUAAAUGCAACCCUGUCGGGGUCGAUAAACUUGAUCUUUCAACUUUAAGCCACGUCAUUUAUGCCUUCGCCGAGAUCGACGCCGACAUGAAAAUUGUGUUUGCUGAUGCGACCGAUGGUGAUCGUCUGCGCCAACUGGUCACCAAGGCUGGUUCACAAACAAAAGUCCUCAUUGCUGUCGGUGGUUGGACUUUCUCUCAAGGCGCCCUUAAAGACCGCUUUUCGACCAUGAUAGCUAGCGCCGCAAACCGUGCUACGUUUAUCGCGUCGGCCAAGGCAUUUAUUGCCGAUUAUAAAAUCGCCGGAAUUGACAUCGACUUCGAGUAUCCCGCCUCAAUCGAACGAAACGGACCCCCUGACGAUACCCCAAACCUUACCAUCUUCUUCGACGAGUUGCGAGCCGGUCUUGGAUCGGCGGAAAUUUCUCUCGCGACGCCUGCUGGAUAUUGGUUCUUGAAAGGCUUCGAAAUGGACAAAAUCGCCCCUAAACUCGACUUUAUCAACAUGAUGAGUUACGAUUAUCACGGGCCCUGGGACGCCGUGAUCGAGACUUCGAACUCCACUGCGCAACCACAGAGCUCGCUCCAGGACAUGGUCGAUAGUGCUUUGCUAUACGUGAAAGCUGGUGUCGAUCUGAAACAAGUCAACCUCGGUCUUGCAUGGUACGGUCGCAGCUACAAGCUAGAGGACUCAACCUGUGCUGGAUACAAUUGUGACAUGACGGGAGGAGGUACCAAGGGCGAAUGCACUGGCGAAAGUGGCGUCCUUGCUAACUUUGAGAUCGACAAUGUCAUGAUAGAUGCCGACAUUCGUCCCGUGCACGACAAGAGAUCAGAAACGCGAUGGUUCAAUUACAAGGGCGAUUUGAUCACUUUUGAUGACGAGGGCACAUGGAAAGCGAAGACUGAUUUUGCGGCUAAGACAUGCUUCGGAGGAACGAUGAUCUGGUCAAUUGAUCAAGAAAUUCCGAAAUCGAAUUCUGUUCCUGGAACAGCACUCCCGGUCACUGAUGGAAGUUCCACAUUGAAGACGCUCUGGGAGGUGCCCAAGGCUGGAACUUGUAAAAGCUACGGCACUCGCAUCUACAGCGCCCGUUUAUGGAAUAUACCGGGUGGCAUGGACUGGAAAGAGGCCUGUGAAGCGAGUCCUAUUACCAUCAAGGGAGUUGUCUACAACACUCCGGAUGCAUGCGAAGACAAGGGUUUUACAGGGGGUAUGAUCGGCAAGUGGUAUGUCAGCAGCGAGGACUCGCAUUGCAAACCGAACUGGGGGUCAAAUGCCAAUGACGGCUGCACGGCGUUCGGUGUAAGAAAAUGGUACAGCCGGCUCUGGGAUAUCAGUUCAGGCGUCGACUGGAUGACGAUGUGCACCACUACACCAAACACCAUCAACGGACGCAGGUAUGAUAGCCCGAACUAUUGCGAUGAUAAAGGCCUUUUCGGGGCGUGGGGAGUGUGGCACAUUGAGGAUUCGUCAUGUGCAGGGAAGUGGGGAGAUCUCAAGGACAACGGUUGUGCCGACACUCUAGGAAAGCGCGAAUAUUCGAGUAAGCUCUUCGACAUCAUCGGUUCCUGGGAGGAUGCUUGCGCGGUUCGUGACCACGAAGUGGAAGAUGAAUACUUCUCGAAACCGACCAAAUGCGAGAAGCAUAUCACCGGUAUCUGGGGUGUUUUUGAGGCCCAAGACAGCACUUGUGGAGUUCCACCUUGUCCUCCUGACAAAGCUUGGGACUACAAUGCUAAAGGCUGCAUGGACUGCGGCGGUGGAAGCAGACUCAUGUCCAUCGCCCGCGAACUGAACGGCACGGCUGCGAAUAACACAGUCCUGCACUCGGCACAGGGACACUCCAGCUUCGGGCGCGUACGGACUCACCACGUGAGGGUCACGGCGAACAUGUCUCUGCCAAGAAGGUCCUCCCUAGAGAAGCGAGCUGGAGAUUGCAAUGCUUUCUGGCUUCCCCGUCCCCAGCCAAACUACUUCCCCCAGGAUCCGUUGGCGUGGAUGAACCCCGCUCAAGCCGAGGGCCCCACCGCUGGGGAAAUUGUCGAAUCCCCUGAAGUAUUGAGGGCUUUCCAGUCUGCAUGGAACGACUCGUUCAAUACGCCUACUACUGCCCGUGAGGCAGGAGGAUGGAUUUACGCAGACCCCCAGAAUCCUCAACGCAUUUUCAUUCGUCGUGCCCAGCUCACUCGUUCCACUCCCAUGCACCAGCUUCGUCCUCCUGCAAACCGAGCAGCUGGUAUUAAUCUGAACGACCCUGAAUCCAAUCCAGGAGGACGGCCACCUGCAGGAUUCGUCCUUGUCGCCAACUUCCACACGCACCCGAUGGGUGAGGCUUAUGGUGGAAAUAGUCAAAAUCCCUCGACCGCCGAUCAGAUCAACGCAUGGGCCCGUGGUGUACCGGGGAUCAUCAUUAGUCGCCGCGGACUUAGGUCAUAUGGACCGCAACGCCGUGCACAGCUCAACGCACCUCAAGGAUACCCUAAUUCGAACGAGGAGUGGGGCGGCCAGAAUAGCGAGGGAACUCGCAUUGGAGGUGACUGGACACCCAACCAAGCCCCUAACCAACAAGAGCCUUGA